CUACAAUCUAUAUCACUGCAUUGCCAAUCACACCAUCCGCCCAAUUAUUAGAAACAUCUAAAAUCUUUAAGCGUUCUCAAGUAAAUGACAUACCAACAGAUACUCCUGACUCAACUGACUCGACGGUCGUAUCAGAAGAAAAUGUCUUAGAAAAAAGAGAUCCGAUAAACUUUACCUCUUUCAAUCCAUCAAGAGAUGAUAUCCGGUGA